AACCCCUCCAACUGCCCAGCCCUCCCAGCGAUCCGGAACACCGUCCUCGCUGCUGCGACGAUGGCAGACACAUCCACUUCGUUCCAGAGCGAACACGCCCCGGACUCCUACCUGGAGCCCACCGAUCCCAACUCAAGCCUCGGCUCCUAUGAUAUUCCAAGCCUGAGCGGCCGGUCCGGCUCCAGCCCCGUCGCCGAUCCGAGCCGAAUCCAAGCAAGCACGGAGCUCUACCCACCGUCGUCCUCCGGGAACGUGCCGUGGAUCGACCAGGAGCCAUCGCUGGCUGAGAUGUCGGAUCUGGCCGACUCGCCUCGACCCGAUCGCAGCUCGCUGCACUGGCCCGACCAACGGCCGGUCCCUUCGGGCCAGCUGCUGCAGCCCGCCGCCGUCAACGGCAACGACACCUCGUUGUCGUCCCGUUCGCUCUCGCCUUUUGAAGAGCCCACGGUUAUCUCCAUCCAAGAUAUAUCCGCAGAGAUGAGCGGCUUGCGCUCGACCACAAACGGCAUCUCUCCGGCGGCCCAGCUCUCCUCGGCCCACUCGUUGUCGGACUCUGCCCGGCCCCGACAAGCUCCGGCCUCGCCGACGCAGUCAUUUCAACAGCGCCAGCGACUCAAGUUCAAGGGCCAGCCCAUGAACGGCUCCUCUCCCAACCUAGAUCAGUCACACCAUCUGAGCUAUCUGGACGGCAGCGGCGACCAUGAUGACGGCGACGACGAUGACGAGCACGAGACGACCAGCGCCAGCGACUUUUUGAAGCGCUUGACCAGCAAGGUCCCCUCAAGUCCAGGCCGAUCGGGGCUGUCUCCUCUUUCCUUCAACCGGCCUGGCUCAGCAGGAAGCCGAACCGAGGGCCUGUCGUCCCUCGUUUCAUCGGUAUCGAUCUCGCCUCUGCAGUCCUCUCGACUGCCAAAAACCCCGGCCGCGAACCGGUUCCAGACAGGCCUGCUCCAGGAAACCUACGACGAGCCGAUCGUGCCAGCGUCCUCGACGCCCGCCCCUGCGUCGGUUGCCCGGGCGAGUCUCGCCGGCCCGCCUCAUUUGAUCGAGCUGACCCCGCGGCCGUCGGAGGCCCGGGGCACACCCGCUACCCGCCGGAGCGAGGCAGCGGGUGCUGCGGGCAAUGCUUAUCCCGAAUUUGCAAAGCUUGGGCUGAAGCAGCGCGAAGAGAUGGUCAACGGCCUCAAGAAGGAGAACUUUGACCUCAAGCUGCGGAUAUACUAUCUGACGGAGGAACUGCGCAAGUCUUCUCCUGAAUGGCGAGAGCAGCUCACCCAGGAGAAAUACGACUAUCUUGCCGUCAUCGAGGAGCUGGAAUCCAAUCUCCGCGAAAGCCGACAGAACAUGGAGGGACUGCAGGAUACAGCUGCGCAUUACCAAGCCGAGCUGCAGAUGCAGCUGUCAGAGACCACGCGGCUGCGGCAGCAGCUCGAGUCCCUCACUGCCGAUUUGAAGGCCCUGCGAGGAUCGCAAGAAAGCAGCCGCAAGGAAAUGGAUUCGGUGCGGGCCGAUCACAACCGGCGGCUCGAUGCGGCCUAUGCCGAAAACAGUGCCCUUCAACUCGAGCUCAGCCGGCUCCGGGACGAGCUUGUUGCCAAGGACACUGCGCUCGAUGCCUCCAAACGCGACGUUUCCAAACUGGCCGAGGAUCUCGCUGUUCUGCGGGAAGCCAGCUCGGAUGAGACUGUCUCGAUGCAGAGAGCUAUUACUGCGCUUCGAGACCAGCUCGCAGAUAAGGACCAACACUCUGAUGCAAUCGCAAAGCUCUAUGAUCAAGUCCUGGACGAGCUCAAGGAGCAGAAGAAGCUGGUGACCCUCAAGAACGAGGAGCUGCGGGGCUGUAACGACAAGAUCAGCGAUCUGACACGGCAGCUCGAUCACCAUACGUCUGAAUCGACCCAAGCGUCCCUCUAUUCCACCGCACGUGCCGAAUUGGAGCGGGAGUACCAGGAAAAGUACGAAACCGACAUGGACAACUAUCGACAUAAGGUUGCUCUGGAGCACAACCGCGUCAACCAGAUGCUGCAUGAUCAACUGUCCGUCUUGAAGCGCGAGCUGCAAAAACAACAGACCCUAUCCAUACCUGCGUCGUCACAGAAACUGCAGGAGGAAAACCGCGAGCUCCACCAAGCGCUGAGCGAGAAAGAAAACAUCAUCCAGGAGCUUUACAGCAACAUGCGCAAGGAGAGGCUCUCCGUGUCCCGCCGACCGGCGUCGCGUGCAUCGACCGAAGCGACCCCAACUGAGACACAUGUGGACGAGAUUAUCAAGAAAAACGUCUUGCUGGAAAGUGAGCUUCGCGAGACCCGGUUCAAUCUGACGCAGGAGCGCGCCAGGGUGUCCGCCCAGACGGCCGAAAUCGAGCGGCUCCAAUCGGCCAUCCAGUCGAUACGCAGAUCAUCGGCAAGCCCGCAUCCGUCCGAGCGCUCAGCGAGGGACUCUCCCACGAGGCAGUUUGAAUCAGCCAGCCUGCAACGGCUCCUCGCCGAAUUGGACGGAUACAAGAACCAGAUCAUGGAGCUUGAGCAGCAGCUUCGAGUGCAGCAGAAUGCCUACCAAGAGCGUGUGCUGAUCGACCAGCAGCUUCAGCAACAGAUCGGAACCAAGGACCAGGCCAUCAAAACCUUGGAGCGACAGCUGCAGCAGCAACGACAGGCACUGGAGGAUGCUCUGGCGCAGAGCCGCGCCUCCCGUGGCGAAUUGAAUGAGAACCACAAAGAGAUCCUGGAGCUCACCCAGCGAUUCUCGGCCGAGAAGCGCUCUGAGGCAGAUCGUCUGCUGAAAGAGAUGGACGCCCAGCGAGAAGAAGCACAGAAGCUGCUUCAGCAAGCCAACGAGAGCUGGAGCCGAGAGAACUCCAAGGCGCUGAACACCAUUUCGAGCCUUCAAAUGCAACUCGUGCAAGCCAAGGCCGAAGCAGAGAGCCUUACCAAGGAAAUCGGCCAGCUCAAAAGCCAGCUUGCAAAGGAGAAGGACACCAACAAAUCGUCCAUGGAAAGUGCUGAGCGGGAGUACCACGGGCAGGUCCAGAGUCUGUCCCAGAAAGUCGUUCAGCUGACGACACAGGUCACUGCCCUAGAAUCCGAGAACAGAGUCAAGACGAGCCACAUCUCGGAGCUUACUAUGCGACUGGACGAGAGCUCGUCGCAUGCCGAGAAGAGUGUCAAGGCCAAUCAAAUGCUUGUCGGAGAUCUCGAGGCCAAGCUCACCGACAUGCGCGGCCAGAUCGUGCACUACCAACAGAAAGCCCUGGACGAUUCCGCGCACAUCUCCAAGCUGCAAGUGACCAUAACGACCCUCCAGAGCGACAUUCAGAUCCAGCAGAAGCAGAUCCGAGAGCUAAAGGAGCAAGAGUCACAGUGGAAGGAGAUGCUUGUCAAGAAGAGCGAGGAGCUCGAUGCCAUUCGCGGCAAGGACCACCGCUUCCAGGAGUACGCCGAGACUGUCGAGCGCAAGUACCAGAUGGAGCUAGCCUCGAAAGAGGAGCUGCUCGCAACCUCUCAGAAGGAGCGCGACCAGUGGCGGGCCAAGUACAAGGAGGAAGAGCGCAAACGGCGCGAAAGCCAGUCCGAACUGGAACAGACUAUCGAGGGCCAUCUGUCCGAAGUCAGUGCCCUGAAUGCGACCGUGCGGCAAAAGACCAACUUGAUCCGGCAGCUCGAGGAGCACACCGAACUCGAGGCUCGCAAGCUGACGGAGCUGCAGAGCAGCCACACCUCGGUCAUCAACGUGAUCAAGAAGGACCUCAGCCGCUCGCGCGAAGACAACGAAAGCCUGCGACUGGAGCUGCUGCGAGAGCGCGAGACCACCAAGGGCCACUUGGCCACGAUAGACGAGCUGACAUCAAACUUGGACAAGCAGGCCAAGCAGAGCCGCAAGCUGGUCGACCAAAUCAAUAGCCUUGAAAUCACCCGGGCCAAACUGGACCAGCGCAUCCACUCGCUACUGCAGGAGAUCGCUGCCAAGAAAGCCAGCAUCGAGGAGCUCGAGAGUGUCAUCGAGGACAUGCGCGAGGCAACCAAGAGAAACAACAAGGAGGCCACCGAGAUCGACCAGCGGCAGCAGCUCCAGCUCAAGGACCGCAAUCGACUCCUCAAGAUUGUGUCUCAGCAGCUGGACUGGGCCCUCUACGGCAAGAAAGCCAAGCAUCUGAACAAGAACGCGGCCGACUCAGAGCGAGUCAACGGCGAUGGUCCGCCCGGUGACGACAACGACGGCAACGAAGCCAAGGAGGUCACGAUUCGGUUCGCGGUCUUCCAGGAUCAGCUCAUCAAGAAACUGAGGCAGUUGCAAAAGAUCCGCGCAUCGUACGAGGAAAAGAUUGCUGCCUUUGCGGAGAAAGUGCAGAAGGAAGUCAAGCUGUGGGAAGAGAAUCUCGCUAGCCGAAACGACCAGAUCAAGCGCUUGGAAGUCCAGAUCGACAUCGCCACCCUCAACUAUCGCGAGGCUCUCGAGCGCAACGGGCGACUGAUCUCGCAGCAAGACACGCAUUUGAAAACAAUCGAGUCGCUGGAGAAGGAAAUCAAGCAGCUCCAGGCCAACUCUCAAAGAGAACAGGGACGCGUGGCGCAUCUCGAGAAACAAAUCGAGAUUGCCGAGCAGGCCGCGACCAACCUCCGCAGCACCAAGAAACUGCUGGAGGAGCAGCUCAAGAACACAGAGCAGCGGCUCGACAGUGCUCGCAACCGCGGCCAUUCGGACGACGGCCUGCUUGAGGCGCGAAUCCGCGAACUGGAGCAAAAAGUACGCGAGACCCUCGAGAUCCUCGAGAUCGAGAGAGUCGCUGCCGAAACCAAGAUCCGUGAGUUUGAGGAAAAGUGUCGCGGGCUCGAGCGGGAGCUGGACAUUACUCAGCGGCGGUGUCGGUAUCUUGAAGAGCACAAGAAGACGGCGGCACAGCAGCAGACGGGCGGCGGCGUGCUCAACAAGGAUGAUCUCAAGAAGCUGCACCAGAUGAACGAGAGCUUGCGCCAAGACUUGCAGGAGAAAACAAAGGCCGCCGAAGAUGCCGAAUAUCGCCUGCGUGAUUUGCAGUUGCAGAUCCAAGCACUGCAAGCCGAGUGCGAGCGUCUCGGAAGAACGGUCUCGAAGCGAGAUGAGCUGAUUGCCCAAGCGGUGGCCCGAUUGGAUUCCAUCAACCAGCGCAGGAUCGAUCUAUCGUCUGUCAAGAUGGACAUUGAUAUCAACUCGCUGCGCAAAGAUCUCGAGGAGACACGAGCGCAUCUGAUCAAGGCCCAGGCAGAGGCAUAUGUUGUUACGACGGCUUCUGCAACCAGCCCGCGGCGGCGCGACCUGCUGGUCAAUCUGCAGCCGCUCCAGCGACAGAUCAGCCCGCCGCACCAGCGGGUGCUGAGCAGCCCAACCUCGCCCCAGCGAACCAGUCCGAUACACAGCUGGAACCAGGGCGCUGCCCCAGACGAGGCCCAGCUUGCCAGCGGAUCCGCGAUGCGCUUGCGGCCAGCCAACUCGCCGACGCCAGCUGUUCCCAGACGACCGACGGGGCGACCUUUGUCUCCCUCGACCCAGCGCGGCGAAGUCCAGGGCGGCGGCCAGCAACGGGGCCGCAGCGAUCCACCCAGAAUCGAGAUCAACGGCAUCGGCGACAGUUUGCAAGGGCGUGCAGCGAGUUCCAAGGCAUCCUCAUCUGCCACGACAGCCUCAGCACAGUCAACGCCGUUGGGACCAAAGCCAAAACUGACGGUGCAGACGCAGCCAAUGUGAACGCUGAUGGAACGAGAAACAAGCAACGUCCCAGGUUGCCACACAAGCCCCGCCGUUUGGGUCAAGUCACACAUGUACAUAGCCUUAAUACACAAUCGCACAGUCUCCCAUGUUUCAU